UUUUCUCUAACUAUAACCCCGCCUAUGGAAAUUUCGAUUCAACUCUCAGUCGGCGUGGCAUCGAUACGUUUUAAGUCUUCCCUUUUCCCUACUUACAGUUCUAAUUUUCUAAUAUCUCUAAGUUUAAUUUUAACGCUUCUUCUUAUCGAUUUUAAAUAUCCCGUGUUGUAGUUCUACUUGUUAUACAUUUUUUUUUAAAAUGGACGAUACUUUUGUCCGCGAACUAGAGAUAGACCACGUGGACAAAACCACAACUCUUCGUUUUCGUCAAAAACUAGAAGGAGACGUGAAUUGUGUGGUUUGGGAUGGAGCUAUAGUUUUAGCGAAAUAUUUGGAAAGGCAAUGUCUGAAAAACUCCGGCUUUCUGGAAAAUCGCAGUGUCAUUGAACUCGGCUCCGGCGUCGGAUGUGUCGGGAUCGUAGCGGCAUGUUUAGGGGCGAAUGUACUUCUAACAGAUCUACCUCAAGCUUUACCUCUGCUGAGACAGAACGUCGAAGAAAAUAAAUCGAAACUAAAAGGCUGCGUAGAAAUUGAAGCACUCGACUGGGGUUCGCCGUGCAAGAUAAAUUGUACGCCAGAUGUCAUUUUAUUGGCCGAAUGCAUAUACUACAAAGAGGUGGUAGGCUCUUUAGUAUCAACGCUACGUCAACUGGCUACAGAAAAGACAAACAUAAUAUUAUGUCAAGAAUUGAGAGAUAGCCAAAAGCAAAGGGAAUGUUGGAAGGAGUUUUUGGAAAAUGUGAAAGAAUCUUUUGAAGUGAGCUUCAUUCCUCAGACAGAACAAUCCCUAGUGUACUCUAGUCCCGAAAUACUAAUUUUAAGGCUGACAAAAAAGUAGGCUAAUUUUUAUAUUGAAACACUGUGCCAGUGAUAAUUUUCGCAGCAUUUUCUGAACCAGUGAUCUUUCAAAGUCUGUCUUGUAAUCAUACAUACACUCUAUACCGAUUUUGUAAUCAUAUAAACUUUGUUGUUGUAAUAGGGUCACUGAAACACAAAUUAAGUACAAAUACAUUUAUUAACG